AUGAAGACAUUCAUCUUCCACCCCUCCGGCGCAGCCAUGAUGUAUCUGGAAUUUCCAGGCACCGGCCGCCCACUGCUCAUGAUCCACGGCCUCAGCUGUGCCUCCUCGUUUGAAUACCCGCACGUCGCCCUCUCGACUGCGCUGCGUGGACGGCACACCAUCCUCCUCGAUCUGCCGGGCUAUGGGUAUAGCGACCGCCCGGCCGACUUCGGCUACAGCACGAGCGACAGCGCUGACGUUGUUGCGCGAUUCGUGCGGGAAAGGGGCUUUGAGACGGUCGAUCUGUACGGCCACAGUAUGGGCGGCUCGGUCGCUAUUGAGGUCGCUGACGUCUUGGGCUCUCUCGUGCACGCCCUCGUGAUUUCCGAGGCCAAUCUCGAGGCUGGCGGCGGGGCUGGCAGUCGCAUGGUCGCUGAGACAGUCGGUGGUGAGGAGGCUUACGUCGCGACCGGACACGCAAAGAUCAUCGGGAUGUUCGAGGCGGAGAAAAGGCACCAGCUCGUCGCGACAGUGCGCGCUACUUGUCCAAGGGCUGCAUUCCGCUCAGCUAAGUCUCUUGUGGACGGGGUCUCACCGAGUUGGCGGUCGAGACUACUCAAGCACUCGGCGCGGAAAACGUCCAUAUUCGGGGACAAGUCACUACCUGAUCCCGACUAUGAGUCUUUACGGCUAGAGGGUAUAAACGUGCCCGUUGUUAGCAAUGCCAGUCAUGACAUGGGGUGGGAGAACCCCGAUGACCACGAGGUUGCGGAUAUCCUGCGGCGGCCUGUCCUGGCGCACUUUAGCCAGCAGCGCACCCUUGCCGGAGGUCCCCAUGGUCCGGGGAACGAAGUGCGCCCCAGGGUCUUGUUCCAGACAGCCGAAUCAGACGAAGAGAGGAUCGACAUUGCGGUGCAAACGCUGGCGCUAAAGGUGGCACGAGCGAUGUCCAUCGAGGUCGACGAAGUCGAAAAGGACCAGCCGCUUCAUGUCUUUGGUGUCGACUCGCUGGGCGCCGUGGAGUUGAGGAACUGGAUGAAGAACGAGUUUGCUGCGCAGGUUCCCGUCUUUGAGAUUACUGGGGGCAAGACGAUUGAAGUGAUUGGAGAGCUGAUAUGCAAGGCGAGUGAAAUAAAAAGGGUGGAUGGUGGGUAG